CCGCGGCGCCCGGCGCUGCCCGCCACCGUCGCGGCCGGCGGCCGGAGGCAGGAGCGCGCCUGAGCCCAUGGCGAGGGGACCCGCCGCCUCCGCCACCGCCUCCGCCUCGCCACCGCCGCCAGCUCCCGGGCACCAUGCGAGCCGCCCCGAGCCUCCGCGGCUGCGUCUGCCUGCUGCUCGCCGCGAUCCUGGACCUGGCGCGCGGCUACCUGACUGUCAACAUUGAACCUCUCCCACCCGUGGUGGCUGGUGAUGCCGUGACCUUGAAGUGUAACUUCAAGACAGAUGGUCGCAUGCGUGAGAUCGUGUGGUACCGGGUGACAGACGGCGGCACCAUCAAGCAAAAGAUCUUCACCUUCGACGCCAUGUUCUCCACCAACUACUCGUACAUGGAAAACUACCGCAAGAGGGAGGACCUGGUGUACCAGUCCACCGUGAGGCUGCCCGAAGUCCGCAUCUCAGACAACGGUCCCUAUGAGUGCCACGUGGGCAUCUACGACCGCGCCACGAGAGAGAAGGUGGUCCUGGCAUCAGGCAACAUCUUCCUCAACGUCAUGGCUCCCCCCACCUCCAUCGAAGUGAUGGCCGCAGACAUGCCCGCCCCCUUCAGCCGCUACCAAGCCCAGAACUUCACGCUGGUCUGCAUUGUGUCCGGAGGGAAACCAGCGCCCAUGGUUUAUUUCAAACGCGAUGGCGAACCCAUCGAUGCCGUGCCCCUGACGGAGCCGCUGGAGGCAAGCUCUGGCCCCUUCCAGGACAGCAGGCCUUUCCGCAGCCUCCUGCACCGUGACCUAGAUGACACCAAGAUGCAGAGGUCGCUGUCUCUGCUGGACGCCGAGAACCGGGGCGGGCGCCCCUACACAGAGCGCCCCGCCCACAGCCUGACCCCGGACCCCGGCGUCCUCCUCCAGCCGACCACCGAGAACGUCCCAGAGACGGUGGUGAGCCGCGAGUUCCCGCGCUGGGUCCACAGCGCCGAGCCCAUCUACUUCCUGCGCCACAGCCACACCCCGGGCAGUGACGGCACCGUGGAGGUCCGUGCCUUGCUCACCUGGACGCUCAACCCACAGAUCGACAAUGAGGCCCUCUUCAGCUGUGAGGUCAAGCACCCAGCGCUGUCGAUGCCCAUGCAGGCAGAGGUCACGCUGGUUGCCCCGAAAGGACCCAAAAUCAUGAUGACACCCAGCAGAGCCCGGGUCGGGGACACAGUGAGGAUUCUGGUCCACGGAUUUCAGAACGAAGUCUUCCCGGAGCCCAUGUUCACCUGGACGCGGGUCGGAAGCCGCCUCUUGGAUGGCAGCGCUGAGUUUGACGGGAAGGAGCUGGUGCUGGAGCGGGUUCCCGCCGAGCUCAACGGCUCCAUGUACCGUUGCACAGCCCAGAACCCCCUGGGCUCCACCGACACACACACCCGGCUCAUCGUAUUUGAAAACCCAAAUAUUCCAAGAGGAACGGAAGACUCCAAUGGUUCCGCUUCUGGCCCUGCUGGCGUCCGGCUCACCUUGGUGCUCGCCCUGACAGUGGUCCUGGAGCUGACGUGAAGGCCCGGCCGCCGCUCCCGCGACUCCACCCCGCGCUGACUUCGCCGUGAUCGGUUUUCUUUUCUUUUCUAAACUAUUUCCAGUCUGUUCUUCGUCUCUUUCUGUGUCUUGGCUUCUUCAACCAGUUUAAUUAAAACGAAACAAUUUUCCCCACCUUA